AUGAGACUCGACUUCCCAGAUGAAGACGUCAUGUACAUAAGAGACUAUGAGAUUUCAGGCCUAGAAGAAGGACCCGAACCAGGAUCGUGGUGGACGCUCGUGUUGGAUGGUGCCUCAAAUGCAUUGGGUAACGGAAUUGGGGCUGUUAUAACUUCUCCAAAGGAUUUUCAUCUUCCCUUCACGGCAAGGUUAUGUUUCAAAUGCACCAAUAACAUGGCGGAGUAUGAAGCAUGUAUCUUGGGAAUUGAAGCAGCUAUUGACCUACGAAUCAAGAUUCUUGAAGUGCAUGGGGACUCAACACUUGUCAUCUAUCAAAUCAAAGGAGAUUGGGAGGCCCGCCACCCCAAUUUGAUCCCAUACCGAGAGUAUGUCAUGAAGCUAAUCCCCUACUUUGAUGAGAUUAAUUUCCAUCAUAUUCCUAGGGAGGAGAAUCAGCUAGCCGAUGCCUUGGAUACUCUGUCAUCUAUGUUCAAGGUCAAGUGGGCUAACGAAUCACCUGCUAUUACAAUUCAACGUCUAGACGAGCCAGCACAUUGCUUGGCAGUUGAAGCAGAAACAGAUGGCAAGCCUUGGUUUUAUGACAUCAAACGAUAUCUUGAAAAGCACGAGUAUCCAAAUGAUGUAUCCAUCACAGACAAAAAGACCUUAAGAAAGUUAUCAGCUAAUUUCUUCCUAAGUGGUGGUGUUCUAUAUAAAAGAAACUUUGAUUUAGUUCUACUCAGAUGUGUCGAUAGACACGAAGCCGACCUACUCAUCAAAGAAAUCCACGAAGGUUCUUUUGGAAUUCAUGCAAACGGACAUGCAAUGGAGAAGAAAAUCCUUAGAGCUGAUUAUUAUAGUUAA